CCAACAACGCCAACACCCCUCACCGUAACCGCCUUCCUCCUGUCUAGCUUUUGAACAAAUACGUGAACAAUACUCUCGGACCUAUUCUAUAACUGAUGAUACAGUGCGGUAACUAGCCUUUGCGAUCGCGCUACCUUUUCCGAUUCCCCGCAUUCCGUUCACUUUACCCUCCACAUCCGCAUCACAUGGCGCCUCUGCGCAUAACGAUACCCGCUACCCACACCGUUCAGCCCUCCUCGAAUGGAAAACCGUACGUCGAGUAUGAGAUCCGGAUUACACACCCUUUCCCUCGCACAACAACAACGAUCCGCAAGCGGUAUUCCGACUUCGAUGCUCUCGACAGCGCACUUCGUUCACAAGUCGGUGCGCCUCCACCGGUGUCGCUCCCUCCAAAGAGCUGGAUUGGCGGCUCCUUAGGGAAGUUGGGGAUUGGAAAUACCUUGGGAUCUCCCGAGCAGAUUGCAAAGCGGCAGGAAGGGUUGGAGAACUACCUGGUGGCUAUAGAGACAAGUGACGAUGGGAGAUGGCGGGUCAGCAAGGCAUACCGGGAUUUCUUGAACCUGAAUGAUAAGCAGGCACCUGCUGUUCCGGGCGCGCAGUUCGGACAGGACAGAGUGCGGGACUCUUCGGACUGGCUCGACAAGUUUGCGGAUGUUAAGCGGAAUUUGCAGGAUGCAAGGCUCUGGCUUACGAGGAGAGAGCAGGCUAUGGCUGCGACCGCACAACAUGAGGCUGGUGCAAAUGCCAAAAGAGGACUUGUGCGAGCGGGGACGCUAUUAUCUGCGCUCGAUGAGGGGCUGGAGAGACUGAGUGGAAAGGGAGUCGAUGAAUGGGGUGGAGAGAAGCUGGGCGAUGGUGAAGUCAGGCGGCGUAGAGAUAUGAUUAGUGCGGCACGAAAGGAGAGGGAGGGAUUGGAAAGCGUGCUGAACUCCAUGGCGGUCAAAUCCGCCGUUGCCGGGACUGGCUCAUCAACCCCAUCGACAUCCUCAGCUGCGGUAACGAAGGAACAGAAAGCGGCUUUGUUCAAAGGCGGCAAUGGAGGACCAACUUCAGGACGGAGGGUGCUCGGUGCUCCUUUGAAAGAGACUGAGCGAACGCGCGAGCUGGACAACGAGGGCGUAUUGCAGUUGCAGAAACAAAUCAUCCAAGAACAAGAUGAGGAUCUUGUUGACCUGGCGAAGGUGGUACGCAGGAUGAAGGAGCUGGGCGUACAGAUCAAUGAGGAGAUAGUGCAGCAGAAUGCUCUGCUUGGUCUACUGGACGAGGAUGUCGAAAGGGUUGACGGGAAGAUGAAGAUCGCGAAGAAGAGGAUGGACCGCAUCAGCUGACCAACUUAGGCACUAUUUCUUGAGUUACUAUUGCAUACGCUGCCUUGUCUUGUCUUUCCUUGUAUAGCUCACAUUGGAUUAUGCAUUAGAUACCCGAGCGGAGGUUUAGGUACAUAGGAAGGAGUAAAUCAAGCCAUGAGAUCGUAACU